AAAAAAGAAAUAUAAUGUACAGACCCGCCGUGAAAAGUUCUUAAUCAAGAGAGCGAAUCGUACGCGAAAAAAAUUUAAUUGUGUUUUUAAAAUCUUUAAACGCGAAUUCUUCGAUAAAAGAACUGCAAAAUGACUUGAAUCGAGUGUGAUUACGUUGAUAAAACUCAUCGAUAUAAAGAGUUUUGUAUCUAAAGAGUUGCUCGUUUGAAAAAAGUGUACAAAAAAAAAAUCUAAAAAGUAAAAAGAAAACAAUUAAAGUAUUUAAAAAAAUUGAAAAAGAACAAAAAAAAAAUAAUAUCAGUGAAUAAAAAAAAAGUGUAAAUGUAAAGAGAGAAUCAGCAAGAGUGAAGCAUACGACGUUCUCUUUUUUUGCCAACUAAGAACAUCUCGACGAGAAAGGAGGUCAGAGAACCGAGAGGAGACAGGAGAAUAUUUUGAUAUUUACCAAAAAGAAGAAUUUUUAAGAAAAGAUUGUAAGGGUUUUUCAAUACAAACCGCCAAAUAACCAGCAUUAAUUAUUAUUAUUAUACAUUUACUUGCGAGUAAAUUUUGAUAAAGUAAAAAGCAUACACGUUUUUUUGGUGGUGGCUCAAUGAAAAGCUAUAACUAAAUUAUUGCCUUCGUACAAAUUAUAAAAUUAUUAAACAAAAAAAAAAAAUUGAGAGAGAUUAUCAAAAAAAAAUCACAAAAAAAAUUGCAAAAUUUAAUUAAAAUUUAUUUCAAAAAGCUUUAAUUAAAUUUUUCCAUUUUUUGCCAUUAAUCUGCUGAAGAAAUAAGAAAGCACUGUGAAAGCCGAGAAAUAUUUAUAUUUAUAUUACAUAUUACUUUGAUGAAAGCAUACCAAGUUAUAGAACACUUAAGGGAAACAGAAAAAAAAAAUCAUUUAAUUUUGAUAAUAAAACACCCUCGUAAUUCAUAAGUGAAGAUCUUAUCAUCAGACAAAACAAAAAUAAAAAGACAUUUCAUAACGCAGCGAUCAGUGGAAGUAAUAAUACUAAUUAAUAAUUAUUCUAGUGAAUUUUGCAUUCAUUCAAUCAUUUAAGAGGAUAUUUUUGUAGUGAAGAAAAAAAGUAUAACAUAAAGCAAGUGUACAUCACUCCAUCAUUUUUGUCUCUUUUAUUCAAAGAAUAAAUAUAGUAAAAAAAGAAAGGAACCACCAAAAAACACAACUGAAACCCCUCAAGACGACAUAAAUCUUUUUACAUUUCCAUUUAAAAAAAGUGAGAGUAAACUACAAAAAUACACACAAAAAAAAACAUUUUUCUUGUCGCCAAAGCAGUGGACAUCUCUACUAUAAUUAUAUACAAUAAUCUAAAUUAAUUUAAACACAACUUUUUAGGAUUCUUUCCGCCGAAAAGUUUAACAAACAAAAAAAAAAUCUAAAUUAAAGAAAAAAAAAAUUAUCGGGAGAGUGUUGAAGGAAGAAUAUCUCCAGAACGGGUGCAUAAUAUAUGAAAUAUAUAUUUAGGUGAUUAGAAACAAGCUAAACAUAAUCAUUACAACAAAAACACAACCAGAAAACAAAGAAUCAUAUUAAAAAAAUAUUAAUUGUUUAAUUAUAAUCAAAAAGUGCAUAAAAAUUCCUAUUAAUUGUUAAAUUGAGAUUUUUUGUCAUACAAUUUAAGAAUUAAAGUAAAAAAAAGUAAAAUUAGACGUAUUCUGCCUAUUGCCUGUGAAGAAAAAUUUAAGUAAUUAACCAAGUAGGUGAGAGUGAUCUUUAAAGCCACGAGACAAUUAAUGGGAAUUCCUUAUUAUUGAAUUAAUAUUAAGUAUAAAACUUAUAGUGUUAAUGAGAAAAAAAUUAGUAAUUAACAGUUUAACGACGAUACACAUUAACGGAUCAAAGCAAGAGAAAAACAGAUAAUUAAUAAUUAAGUCAAAAAAAGAAGUAUAUUUAGAGUAUUUUUUCAAAAAAUAAAAAAGAAAAACAGAGGAAAUUAACAAGCUGCAAGCACACUUUUGCCUUGCAAAAACAUUACAAAAUUUAACGAUUUUUUCUCAAAGAGGAACUAACCGACACAAACAAUAAUCGAACUUAAAUAACACACAUCCAGAUUAUAUUAUCUAAACGACAUAUAUACGAUAAAAAAACAUUUUUUCUAUUAUUCUCUUUCUGUUGUAGCCAAAUGCAAUUAGAUAUUUAAUUAUUUUUAGUUUCUCGUAUCACUGUCUUAAUACGAAGAAGAAGUUCUCUUUUUUAACCGCAUUUCUUGCAGAAACAAAUGCGAUUAUUUUAUCACAUAUUCUUAAAACAAAUUAAGUUAUAUAUUUUAAAAGAUUUUCCUUAAACUAAAUUACAAUAGCUUUCGUGCAUUUUCGCAGUGAAAGUUAACUAAGAAGACAGCAUAUUGUUCAUACGAAACCAAAUCCUUAUAUGUCCUUAUGAGAUAAAAUGUUGAUGUAAUAUGGUUGUGAUUGAAAAAAAUAUUUUUAAAAGAAGAAUAAAAAACAGUAGAGUGUAAUUCUUAUUGGAUUUAAUAAGCAUCAUAAAAUUUUUUUGCAUAUAAGUAGUUUAAGCUGAAGAUAGAAAUUUAAGAAAAAGAAAAAAACAAGAAAAAGAUAUCGUUUCAAUAACAAUUUAAUUGCGUAGUAAAUAAGAAAAAAAAAAUUUAAAAAAAAAACAAGUGAAAUCGCUAAUUCUAAGUCUUCUGAAUUUUGUGUCUAAAAUAGAUUUUUAAGGGGAAUUUAUUAACCUAAAAAGAAUAAGUAACUUCCGAGCCCUUAGCGCGGAUAGUUGAUAUUUUGCCUCAGAGCAUACAAAGCAUAACUUUUUGAAAAAUACAAUUUUAAGUUACAUAUUUUAAGUCGAAUUGAAAAUUAAAUAAGGGUAAAACCUAACCAAUUUCUACAAAGCCUGUGAAGUGAAUUUAGAUACUUCAAAGAAACUUUUGUGUCUCGUGUUUUUAGGUGAAAAAAAGUAAGAAAAGUUAAAUUUUAUCUACAAUUUUAGUUUAAUUCCAACACAAAUUUAUACUUUAAGUCCAAAUUUAGCUUUUAUAACAAACAAAAAAAGUGCUGAAUUGCGCUGCUUUCCGUGUUUUUAGUCAUUUGUUUUCUAGUAAUUAAAAGUCGUCCUAAACAAUUUCUACUUUUUAUGCCUCAUUUUAUAUAAUAAUAAAAAAAGAAUUAAUAUUAAAAUUUUUUGAGAUUGGUGGGAGUUAUAAAAAUCUCCUUAGACUUGAUAAGAUUCAAAUAAGUAAAACUAAUAAUAAUUAUAUAUCCAGCCACCAGUACAUCCUGAGAGAAUAAUAACGCAAGUCAUUAAACAAAAAAAAACAGAGCUCAUUUGGAAUAAAAAGAAAAAAAAUAUUUUUGUAGCUGAUAAUAAUCUUAGUAAAAAAAAAGGACAGCAAGUUCUAUUUGCCAAUCAAAAUCAAUCAAAAACAUUGCAUAAUACUAAAUAAAAGUGAUUUUUUUGAGACUUGAAUCGAAAACUCUUAGUAGAGAAAUCAAGAAGAUUAAGUGAAAAUAUCAAAGUUAUACCAAUUUUUUAAGAAAAAAAAAUCUAAUCUAAUCCAACAUUCGAUAUUAAAAACAAAGUCUAAAUUUAAAGUUAAUAUUUUAAAUUUAGAGUAUUCAAGGAAAAAGAAGUAAAAUUCAUUUUCGAAAAAAGUCAUUCUCGUUGUGCGUAAAAAGCAAACAAAAUUCUUUUUACUUUUGUGUGAUUUUAAAAGAAAAAUUCUUUUUAGAAACAAUUUUACUUUAAUUUCUAUCUUAACAAGUAGAAAAAAAGGAUUCGUUUUUAAGGACAUUCUUUUUUUCUUUCAUUGUGAAGUAAAGUGGGAGACAAACAAUAUCUUUGCAAAAAACGGUUAAUGAGACCCAAUUUGUAGUAGUUAAUAAGGCCCCCCAUUAUAAAAGCUGUGAUAUACAAAAAAAAAAACUCGAUUGAGACUCUGUCCCAAUAGAAAAUUUUAAGAAUUAAUAGGAUAAUAAGUGAUUAAUGAAAAGAAAACGUACACAGACACAAAGCUAAUAAGAUUUCUAUAUUUUUAAGUGUUUUUAAAAAAACAAGAAGAAAAAAUUAGUCGGAAAGAAGUGAAAAGAAGCCCAGCAAAAAUCGCGUUUAGGAACCAAAAGAAAAGAUAAAUAAAAUUUAAAAAAAAAUAUUAACAUUAAGCAUUAUUCACAACUCAUAGUUAUUAGAGUACCGUAAGCAAAAGAAAAAGAAGGUGAAGAAGAAAUCCAGUCCCUCAAGCAUAACAAUACAAAUUUACUAAAAGUAAUCAUUUAACUUCAUACAAUAAUUAAGUAAGCAAGCAGUAAAGAAAAACGAUAAUUAGAAGUGAAAAUUCGCGUGGAAGUUAGAUAAGAGAAAAGUUGCCUAUUUAGAAAUUAUAGGUAGACAUACACCACCAAACACAAUCUUAUACGUUACUCACUAAUCGUGUUUUUAUCAUAAUUUAUUUCGUUUGCUUAGCAUCCGUGCGUUCUCGCGUGGAAGUGCAACAAAAAAAAAGUCCAUAAUUAGAAAAUUAAGUCAGAGUUGAGAGAUAGACAGAAGUCAAGCAUUCAAUAAGCAAAUUCCUACUCGAAAAUAAAUUUAUAUACUAUAAGUAAUUGUUUUUGUUUUUUAAUUUAGUGAGAAUAUUCCAAAACAAUAAGUCACAAAACACGUGGAAGAUUUUCUCAAAUUAUAUUCCAAUUGAAUCAAUUUUCUGGCAUCUUACAAUCACAAUUAAUUUUUUUAUUUUGUUGUCUUAAGAAAAGUAAUAACAAUAUAACCGACUACCUACAUUGUUCAAAUUUGUUCAAGUGACAAAGAUAUUACACAAUAAUAGUAAUAACACAACAGCUAUAUCAUUUUUCUAUAAGUUUAGGGACAUUUCAAGCAUAGACUAAUAAUGAAAUUGAUUUGAAAAACAUACACACACUUACACACACACACACGCAUACAUACAUUUAAUUCAAUAUUGAUAUCUGUGAUAAAAUUUUUCAAGAUCUCGAUUGAGAAAAAUUUGCUAGAUUUUUAAGGGACAAUUUAUCUUGUUUUGAUAAAAGCAAGAAAGAAAUCAAAUCAAUCCGUAUUCCAUUAAUAAACGGAGGCAAUUCAUAAAAAAAUUAAACGAAUUGAUAAGGGAAGAAAAGAAAAAUUAAUCAAAGGAAGUAGUUUUCCAAAACAACUCUUAAUUCUGUGUAUAUUUACUCUUAUAUAUCAAUAAAGACUUUUUUUCGAAAGGGAUAGAACAUAUAUCUUUACUAUAGGUCAGCAAGAUUGAAAGUCAAGAAAAAAUUUUUGAAGUGAGAGUUUUUAUAUGAGAAAAUAAAAAAAGGGUUAAUAAAUCUGUGAAUAUAAUAUAUGCCUAUUGAAAACACAACCAUUUAAUGCAAGAAAAUUAUUCAAAAAUUAUAGAUUUUUAAGACAAAAAAAAAAGAGUUUGAAGAGUUUUUAAAUGUGUAUUAAUUGAUAUAUAGUAAAUAUUGAUAAGAAUUACCGAAGAAAAAAGAAAAAAUUUAUAUAUUUAAGUGGUAGAUUUGACAAGUCUCUUUUUUUCUAUAUACAUGUCAUAUUAAUUGAGAAAAAAACACAACAUACAAAGUGAAUCGAUUUAACUAAUUGUACGGGAAAAAAAAUAGAAACUUUUAGAGACAAAAGGAUCAGUAAUAAUAAGAAUUUUAAACAAAAAAAAAGAACAUACGUCGUUAGUCUGCUUAUAUCUGUGGUUUUUCGAUAAACAUAAUUGAUGCUAAAUAUUAUUAAUUAAUAAUAUAUUAUAGAAAAGUAUAUAUUCUUACAACAACCAUACUAUUUAAGGUGGAUAAAAAAGAAACCUAUAUUUUAGCCAAUUAAGUGAAAAAAAAAAUCUGAUUAAACCGUAGCGUCUUAAAAGUAUAUUUAAAAAAUUUUCAUAGAGUAUCCAAAAAUUUAAAAAGGAAGGACGAAAGAUUGUACUAAAUUUUUUUGUAUUUAAAAACUAUGUGUUCCACAAAAACGACUUAUUGUUAAAUCUUUAGAAAAGAUAAAAGAAAGAAGUGGUUUACAAAUAGACAAAAAAAUAAACUUUCGUGCUUCGAAUUGAAGUUCAAAUUUAAAAACGAGGAUUCUCCAAUUAAACAAUUUUUUGUGCAAGAAGGAAGUGAGUUUAACUUAAUAACGCUUUCUUUAUUGAAACUAUAAAAAGUAUAUAUUCAUUGCCAGUUGUCAAAACAAGGGUGCGAAAUUUUUUUUCUUAAUUUUAAUUGAAUAGUACACAAAAUAUUUUUGUUUUUUGUUUGUUUUUUAUUUCUAAUAUUGAUAGCUGAAAAGAAACGUUGAUUUAUCUCUAUAAUUUUUAAGUCAUAUUUGAUUUUCUCGUGUGAAAUACAAUUUUUUACUACCUAAUCAAUAAUAUAUAGUACAUUUUUUGCCAAGCUGCAUAAAAACGGUCUCUUAUUAUAUAAUAAUAAUUAUUAAUUAAUUAAAAACUUUUUAACUUUACAUAUUUUUUAAGAAUUGAAUUCCUUUGUUUUUAAUAUUUUCUACUCAUUAAUUUUCAUAGUAAGAUCAGUGAUCUAUCUGAAUAUCAGACAGAAUAAGAAAAGUCUUUAAAGAUUUUUCCGAAUUUAAGAAUUUAUUUUGAGAAAGAAAUGGCCACAUUAAUUAUAAUUGCAACAAAAAUUAACGAAAUAACUAGAAUGAAGUUGAUGAAACAAUAUUCAAUUGGUGCUUUUCCAAAUAUGACGAUGUUUAAUCAGAUAAGUGAUUUAGAUGUAAGACAACAUCAUAUAAAUGUUGAUUACAAAACGUUUGGAUGCAUGAAUCAGGAGAUAAAUAAUCAAACACAAAUGUUAAAUAAUUUUUCUAAAUAUUUUGAUGUCCUUUUAAUUAAUGAAAUGAAUCAACAGAAUAAUAAUGAUGAUACUUUUAGAAAUAAUAAUACUAAUAAUAAUAAUGAUAACAAUAUUGAUGACGCUAAUAAUUCAAUGAUGAUGGAGAAGUUUAAUGUGUUGAUGUUUGUUGAUGAAAAAAUUUUACUGAUGAUGGAUAUUAACAAUGAUAAUGAUGAAGAUUUCACUGCGUAUGACAUUGUGGCCAUUGACGAUUUAAACGCCGAUGAAGAAUUAAAGUCAAAAAUUUUAAAAAUCAUAACGGUUUUGUCACAACAACCAACAUUGGUCAAUAUGAACAUUCCAUUGCUCAAAUUUGGCCGCAUAUUGGCUACUGCCGGUUGGUGUGAUAUUGACAUUGAUGGUGCUGUUGCUAUUGACAGUGUUUUAAAUGAUAAAGAUAAUAAAAUUAAUUAUGAUAAUAUUUAUUUGAUGAAACAAACAAUGAUGGCAAUAUUACACAUAGUUCUUAAUGAUAAUGAUAAAAGAAUAAUUCAGAACAGCAACAAUAAGAAGCUUACCAAUAAUUGUAAAAUUGAAAUUAACACUGAAAACAUCAAUUUUUCUUAUUAUUGUGAUGAAUAUUAUGAAAUAAUAUUUAAUGUGAGUGUAUUUUUAUCCCAAAAAUUUGACAUUAUGCAAAUUAUUAAUAAGAAUAUUAUGAAUAGCAGCAUCAUGAGAAUGUUUAUGAUGGAAAUAAAUAAGCUGCAAUCUCAUAUUAAAAGCUUUAUUGUUACUGAUGAAAAAGAUGAUGAUAAUGAUGAUGAUGAUGAUGAUUAUAAUGAUGGCAAAAUCAUGAAAAUAAUAAUAAUUAAAAUAAGAUUAAGUAAUGAAAAAUCUUCUAUUUCUUCUCAAUCCAACACGAACAAGUCUGAAUACGCUUUUGAGAAAACACUUAAUAAUGAUAAAAAGUUUUAUGUAGCUAAUGAUAAGGAAAUUUUUAGUCUUAAGUCAAUGACGAUGAUGGAAUCUACAUCAAAGCUCUUCUUAUCUUCUAACUUCUUCUCAUUCUUCAUGCAGUUAUUGUAUCCGAUGAUGAUCAAGAAUAAAUCAUUCAUUCAAUCGUACAUCCGCAAUUAUUUCUACGACGAUAAAGACGAUGCAGGCUAUAUAAAGAUGAUAUCAAAUGUUGAAAUGCAAUUAAAUUGUCAAAAAUCGUUACAAUCGUAUAAAGAGUCUGAUCAACAAUCAGGGAUUGUAUCCAAUAUUAGCUGUAACAAUAUUAAAUUAGUUAAUGAUGAUGAUGAUGAUGAUGAUGAUGGAGCUAAUGAUAAGCACAUUGAACCAGUUAAGGUGAUGACGGAGGUAGCAGCAGCAGAAGAAAAUAAUGCAGCAAUUCACAUGCCAGAUGCUGAUUAUGACCGUAUGAAUAUCAGUGAAUUAUUAUUCAGCCAUAUAAAUGAUAAGAAUGAAACAUUAAUUGAUAAUACUGUGAAUAUUACAUGUGAUUUCAAUUACCUGAAUUAUAAUAUUAUUAGUAAUACUGAUAAUGAUAAACAUAAUAAUAAUUAUAAGAUUAAUGACCAAAUUCGUAAGGAUAAUGAUGAAACUAGAUUUAAGGAUACAACAAACUACAAUAAUAAAUAUGAAAAAAAUACAAUGACGAUGAUGAGAAAAUCAGCAAAUGAAAUUACCACCGAAAAGAAAACGAAUGGAAAUGCCACCACAAGCAAAUAUCAAGCAAUGACACAAAUUGACAUGUUGAUUGAGUGCCAACAACGUGAGAAAUCGUUGAUAAAACAAUAUAAAGCUAUGAGUGGACGAAGAAUGCGAUUGUGUGGUGGUGCGGGUGAUUCCUUAAGCGGUGCAAGUGGAUGGGGUUCUCCACCAUCAAAUACCACUACAUCAAGUAAUCCAAAUGCUGCACAAUGGGGUGCAUCAGCACAACAACCGCCACAACAAAGUUGGAAUCAAGCAGCACAACAAGCUGGAGGCGGUGUAGGUCAAUCAUCUGCUCAACAACCGUCUCAACAAGUUCCACAACAACAAAAUCCUCCUGUUGGUCAGCCACCUCAAGCCAGUGCACAAAAGCCUUUAACUCCAUCUGGUGGUUGGAAUCAACCACCAAUUCCAAAUCAAGUUGGAGUUGGACAGCCACUACAAGUACCACCUUCAGGAAAUGGAGCAGGAAUCGUUGGAGGAGGAACUUCUGCAGUUGCAGCAAAGAAUCAAUUAGAACAAUUAAAUUCAAUGCGUGAAGCUCUCUUUUCUCAAGAUGGUUGGGGAUGUCAAAACGUUAAUCAAGACACAAAUUGGGAUGUUCCCGGAUCUCCAGAACCCGGCCCUAGAGGUGAUCAAGCCGCAACGGCUGGCGGUGCAACUCAAUGGAAAAGUCAUACUGUCAAUAAUGGCACUGAAUUAUGGGAAGCAAAUUUGCGUAACGGUGGUCAACCUCCACCACAACCUGUCCAAAAAACACCAUGGAAUCAUACACCGACAACAAAUAUCGGAGGAACAUGGGGCGAAGAGGACGAUGACAAUACAGAAAAUAAUAGUGUGUGGAAUGCAAGCCAAAAUAAUCAACCAGCUCCCAGUUGGAAUCAAAAUCAAAACACAUCUGCAACUAAUAGUGGCACAAUGUGGCCAGCUGCUCAAGGUGUAGGUAGUGGAGGAGUUAAUGUAAACGUUCCAAAGAAAGAUGAUUGGAGUACUAAUGCUGUUGGUGGUGGUGGCUCUUCCAAUUGGGAUCCUCGUGGUCCAACAGCUGCUUCCAAUCAAAUGGAUAUUCGUAACAUAGAUCCAAGAACGCCUGGAACAUUAGAUAUGAGAAUGAUGGAUGCUCGUGAUCAAAUGCAAGGCAAUUUGAGGGGAGUUACUGGACGCUUAAACGGAGCUACAUCCGAAAUGUGGCAACAAGGUGGAAUGCCUGGUAUGCCUGGAAUUAACAAAACUGUUGGUCCAAAUGCUGGUGCUACUAAUUCAGGAAAUAAUCCACAAUGGCCUGGCAUGCAAGGUCCAAAAGAUCUCGAGAUUAAUAAACCAUCUGGAUGGGAUUCAUCACCACCUGCCUCUCGUAGACCACUUGGUGCAGGAAACUUUGACGAUGGAACUUCAUUAUGGGGUCAAAGUCGUGUUCCUGGAGGGGGUAAUGGGGGUGGAAUUCAAGAUCCAAUGGCUCGUAAUAACUUUGGAAGAAAUCCUAUUGGAAAUACAGCUGCACCACCAACUGGUAUUCCACCAAAUCGCCUUCCUAAUGCUGGAAUGAAACCCGGCGAAGCAAAUACAUGGGGUUCACUUCAUCCGGGAGCAGGAAACAGAAAUACUUGGGAUGAUCCACAUACACCGAAUUGGGAUGAUAAGCCUGCUCAUCUUGGUGCUGGAGGAAUCGGAACGCCAUGGAAUGAGGGACCAAAUGCUGGUCCAUUAUGGAAUAAGAAUAAGCCAUCAUGGCCCGAUAGCAGUGAUAUCAAUAGCGAUUGGCCACAAGCUAACAAAUUGAGCAAUACAUCAAGUGAAAUUAUAAGAAGCUCUAAACAAUUCCGUAUAUUGGCCGAGAGUGGCUUUAAGAAGGAUGAUGCUGAGCUCGCAUUGCGAACAACAAAUAUGAAUGUUGAGGAAGCAAUGGAGUUGUUACAACAGCAGCAAAGAAAUGCCAAUAUUGAGCCAUGGCAUCAUAAUGCUGCUCCAGGAACGUUUGAUCAUUCACCAUUCCCAGGAAAUCGCUAUCCAGGUCCAAAAAUGCCAUUCCCACCGAACAAUAAUCCACAAAUGCCAAAUACCAAUACAGGACCUGGUGCUAACAUUGGAUUGAACAAUUUACCAAUGCAAUUUAAUAAGCAUUUACCACAUCAAGGUGGCGCACCGACAGCAUUUUCUCAACAAGCUGUGUCAGCUAGUCAAAGUGGUCAGCCUUCGGCUCAUCACUUAAGAAACUUAGUACAGCAGAUUCAAAAAGCCGUACAAGCUGGUUAUUUGAACCAUCAAAUCUUAAAUCAACCAUUAGCUCCUCAAACUUUGCAAUUACUCAACUCAUUAUUAAAUGCAAUUCAACAAUUACAAAUGACACAACAAAGCAUUCAACGCAAUGGAGGCGUAAACAGCAUUCAAUUACAAAUGACAAUUCAAAAGCAAAAGCAACAAAUAUCAACAUUGCAAUCUCAAAUAGCUCAACAACAAGCGCUUUAUAUUAAGAGUCAAGCAGGUGGUGGUGGUAAUGGUGGUGGAAUCGGUUCUGGUAACGAUUUUCUUCGUCAAAAUAGUUCAGGAAAUAUGGGAAUGGGUGUCGGAAAUCACAAUGAUCCAAUUGCAUCACUUGAAACUAAUUUGAGUAACUUAGGAUUAAAGCAAGAUCCAACUCCUUAUACAAGUAACAACACUAGUCAGCAAUCACGUUUAAACCAAUGGAUAAAAGAUAAUAAAUCAACUGAUCCCGAUUUCUCGCGUGCUCCAGGCACAACAUCAUCAAAGCAAUCUCUCCCACCAACAACUCCAACUUCCAUUAGCUCAAUUGGCUUACACAACGAACCAAGUACUUGGUCUUCAGGUCGUAAUGAUGGUGGUUGGCCCGACAGUUCAAUUGAUUCCGAAAAUAAAGAUUGGCCAUCAAGCAAUCAAUCGCCUGCUUUCACUGACUUAGUUCCAGAAUUCCAGCCAGGAAAGCCAUGGAAGGGUACACAAAAGAAUAUCGAAGAUGAUCCUUCGAUAACUCCAGGUAGUGUAGCCAGAAAUCCAUUAUCAAUUGGUGCCACAAAAGAUUCCGAAUUAUUUGCAUCAAAUACAGCAAAAACGUCCCCCAAUGAGAUACUAUCGUCUUCCACAUGGAGCUUUAAUCCAUCCACUACAACGCAACAAAACUUCAACAGCACAAUGUCUAAAUUGGGUGGUGCGGAACCAAAGACCAAUAGUUGGUCUGAUUCAACUUCGGAUUUGUGGGCUGCACCAACAUUAGGUAAAACAUCUGGUCCACCUCCGGGUCUUGGUGCUGGUAAUGCAAAGAAUGGCAGUUCAACUGCUGUUACAAGUGAACCAAAUGACUGGAUGGGAGGAUGGAAUGCAUCUAAUCCAAGCAACAGUUCUAAUGGUCAAUGGAAUGGAUAUUCAACAUGGUUACUUCUUAAAAACUUAACUGCUCAAAUAGAUGGAUCUACAUUACGUACAUUGUGCGUUCAGCAUGGACCAUUGCAACAUUUCCAUUUGUAUUUGAAUCAUGGCAUAGCUUUGUGCAAAUACAAUACACGUGAAGAGGCUAGCAAAGCUCAACAAGCACUGAAUAAUUGUGUCUUAAGCAACACAACCAUUUGUGCUGAAUCGCCAAGUGAGAGUGAAGUUCAAAAUAUUUUAAGUCACUUGGGUGUUCCAUCCAACAAUGGAAAUGGUAAUGGUGGUGGCUCUACUGCAGUUGGAGCUAAUCAAAACUCUUCAACAUGGCGUCCAAACAGUCAGCAAGGGCGUACUGGAUCAGAUACUACUUCAACAUGGGGAUCUGAUUGGCCACCAUCUAAUUCAGCUAUAAACUGGUAAAAGGCCAAAACAGAAUACUUUACAGUAUUUUGCCCAUGACUAUAACUGCUACAAUGUGUUUUUAAUUUUCUAUUAUUUGAGAGUAUAAUUAAAAACGUUUAAUGCAAUAUCAAAAAAAAAGAAACAUCAUAAAUUAUCAUUAAAAAGAAUGAAAGUAGAAAGAAGAAGAAACACACUCACUUCAGAAAUGAUAAACUUAAGUUUUAAGACGCAUAAUAUGAUUUCCGUUUUAUUGUUUUAUUGAAAAAGAUUGUAAACUAAUUACAAGUCCUUUUUUAAUAUUAUUAAUUUUAUUAUAUUUUAACUAUUAUGAAUAAUAUUUUAUAUUAAGACAUGAUCACCUUUAUUAUGAUUUUUUCGUCCUCAAAACAAAUUGAUAUCAAUGAGAAUAAAAAUACUAUAAUUAAAAAAAAAACUCAAAAAAUUGCUUUAUGAAGAAAACAAAAUCUAGUUAAUGAACUGUAAUUCAAAAUUCAAGACUUCUAGACCCAGUUCUUAUAAUGAAAUGCACAUGAAAUUAAAUAAACAAAAUCAGGGGUUGGUUUAUCUUUGAACCAUCGACUUUUACUCCUACACCAAUAGUGAUAAUUUUAUCCUAACAACUUGAAUCAUUUUCCUAUCCAAAUAAAUAAUAAUUUUUAAAAAAAAAUAAAGUAUAAUUAAAAUAUAAUUCAAAAAGACAGAAGUAAGUGACUUAUGAGGCAAAGAAUCAAGCAAUUAUACAAAUUUAUUUUCAACCCCAAAAAAAGAAAAAAAAAACGAUAGGAAUUCCAUUCAACCAUGUUAGGAACCACAUGCUGACGUCUAGGAAUAAAAGUUAGUGCAAUUUAAAGAGAUCAGCCUUCGUUCUCUUAAUAUUAUGAAACUUAUACUAUUUUAAUUUUGCCGUAUCAUGAAAAUACUGUACUGAAAUUUAAAAAUCUGUUGAAAAAUUCAAAAACACUCACAAAAAAAAAAUCUUAAAAAAACGUUCAAAAAACAAAAGCAAAAAAAAUAGUAAAAAAAGUAAUCGAAUGAUAUGACAAAGAAGAAUAAAAUAAAGAACGAAAUCAAAUCAAUUCUGAGCAAAAAAAAAACAUUUAAGAGUAUUUUAGGUUCUCAAGAAAAAUGAUAUAUAUACAAAAACAAAAAAACACAUACCUACAUACAAAACAUAUAUUUGAGAAGAAAAAUUAUUGUGAGCAAAUAAAAAAGUGAAAUGAUUUUUUUUUUUAAAAAAGAAAAAAAAAACAAAAUAAGUGAAUUACAUUCUUUUUACGCAAGAAUGGUAAAUGACACAAACAGACUAAAUUAUGAGAAUAAUGGAACUAUAGACAAAGAGUAAACAAAAAAAAUUGUGAAUUUAUUAUUGCGAAAAAGAACGUUACAUAUUAAAAAAAUGAAAAAAAAAUUUUUGAAUGAAAUUUCGGUUUCGAAUAAUAAGGGAUAAUACUAUAACGAUGAUGAUAAUGGAAAAAAAUUGUGACUUUUUGCUAGUUCAUUUUGUGACAUUGUGAGCUUCUUGUUUUAUGUUGGUAUUUUUUAGUAAAAAUGAUGAAAAAUUUAUAUCAAUGGUAAAACAAAUGAAGGAAGGAAGAAGAAGAAAAAAAACUAAAAAUUUCAUUCAAAAAAAAAUAAUUGAGCAGUUAAGAAUGAUCAAUAAGUUAAUUAAGUCAUUGUAUCACCAUAAACAAUAUUUUGAAUUUUGAAACAA